AAAUGGCGGCGGGAAACCAGCAGAUCCUCUCAUCUACCCCUCUCCAGAUCCUGCUUCAUCUAAACAAAUGGUACUUUGCUGCUUUCUACCUGGCAGAAAUCCUCAUGUUCAUAUACAAAGGCAUUUUGCUCCCAUAUCCCACUGAUAACCUCAUCCUGGAUGUGGUUUUGCUGGUGCUCUUCCUCGGUUUGGAGACACUCCGAAUCUUCUAUGCAGAGAAAGGUAACCUGUGUGAGCGCCCCCUGUCUUCGAGCAUGUCCGUGUUGGUGCUGUUCCCGUGCACGGCCCUGUGCGUGUACUACCUGCUCCUCCAGACCUUCGUCCUGCGUCUCGAGUUCAUCCUCAACACAAUCCUCCUCGUCUUUUACUGCGCUGAGUUUGUGCUAAGCGUGCUCGCACUGUCCAUGUUCUCCAGGUCCAGAGUGUACUAAAGAACA